AUGAUAUCUUCAUCAUUGGGCCUUACUUAUAAUGGGAUACCAAGUGGUGAAGUGGGCAUUCCAAAGGCUGGCAUCCUGAUUGUCCUGGUAAUGCUCUUCAUGAAGGGCAGCUGUGCUACCGACAAGGAAGUCUGGGAAGUUCUGGAUGUGAUGGGCUUAUAUCCUGGGGUGGAGCAAUCCUCUGUCAAGCUCCAGAAACUCAUCACCAAUGAUUUUGUGAAGGAAAAAUCUUGCAGAGUUACUGGUCACCUAGUGUACCAAAAGGUAGCCAACAGUGAUCCUGCAAGAUUUGAGUUCCUGUGAGGCCCACGAGCCCAUGCUGAAACCACUAAGAUGAAAGUCCUGGAGUUUUUGGCCAAGGUUAAUGGUAUUGACCCAAGGUCUUUCCCAGUUCAGUAUGAGGAUGAAGAAGAGAGGGUCUGUGCCUAUUUCAGCAGAGAUUGUCUCUAG